CCUGAAACGCCUGACUGCCCCCCUGAAACUCCUGACUGCCCCCCUGAAACUCCUGACUGCCCCCCUGAAACUCCUGACUGCCCCCCUGAAACGCCUGACUGCCCCCCUGAAACUCCUGACUGUCCCACUGAAACUCCUGUCAACAGAGAGAUGAGAGACUCCCCCACAGCCCCACAGACUGACAGAGCAGACCAGGAGGUGGAGGAUCCCACAGCCGGCAGGUAUGUAUGGAGAUAUCAGGAGAUAUGUUUGGGGUGGACCAGAUGGUUUAAGCUGAUUGAAAGCUAGUUUGACUUGAUUUUCUCUGUCUGAUUGUUCAGUGCAUCACUGAUAAUACUCCUGUGUAUGUUUUGAUUAUGACAGGGAUAGUGAGGAUGUUUGUGAUGAUGAUGACGGUUGUUGUUGUUACUAUCGUUGUGUUAUCAUCAUGAUUGUUGAUUGUGACAUGAUCCUCCGAUAGGUCUCCAACAGAUCAGAUGGCUGACGUGCACCAAACCAGGAGUCAGAUAUGGAAAGUCGGUUUGAUCAUCCUGUGUCUGUCUGUCACACUGUCUUACCCAUUGGUAACUUUCAGAUCCAACUCUACUGAAGUACGCUGCCUUCCUCCCCCUGAUCUCUCUACCUGCCCUCUUCACACAGCCAAUGAGACUGUAACACCAGUCAAGGGUUCAAUGCAUCUAAUGGUGUCUGCAUACCAGGACCACAGGAAAGGGGGAGCCACGCGCAUCGUUGCCAUGGUCAACAGAGACCGACCCAUGUCUCUGUACUGUGUGUUGUGCUGCUCUGGACACGCCCCCCAGGUCGUUCCAGCUGCUGUCGUAACACACAGCGUCCACUAUGGAUACCCGUAUGUGGCUGCAGACAUUCUUUGCCGUGAAGGACUAGGAUGCAACGCCACGCACGUCACUCUCAGCACAUCUCUCUACAGCCAGGACGCCCUCAACCGGCCGUUUCUGAGCAUCCAAAACCGGAAGAGACGGGAGGAGGACUUCCCCUUUUACCUCACCGUGUGUAUGUCCAGCAUGUUUGGAGACUACAACAACGUCCAACAGUUUGUCCAGACCAUGGAGUUUUACAAGCUCCUGGGGGUGCGGAGGGUUGUCCUCUACCUCACCAGCUGUGGGCCUGACCUGGAGAAGGUCCUCAAGCACUACGCAGAGGAGGGCACUCUGGAGGUGAUCGGCUGGCCCAUCAACCACUUCCUCAAGCCCUCUACUGGGUGGGAGGCCCAGGAGCUGGAAGGGGAUAUCCACCUAAACGGCCAGCUGACUAUCAUGAACGAGUGCAUCUACAGGAACAUGUACAGGUCGCGGUACGUCCUCCUGGCUGACGUUGAUCAGCUCCUGGUCCCGGUCUCACACAGCUCUCUGCUGCCCCUCAUGGAGGACCUGCAGGGGCAGCACCCCGACGCAGCCGUGUUCCUGAUGGAGACGCACCUCUUCCCUGCCACAGCCGGUACCGCUACGCCAGACCAUUCCGCACAGAGGAGGGCGCCGGGGGUGGAUCUGCUGGACUACAUCUAUAGAGAGCCUGUUCUUGAAGACGCCUUCCGCUCCUACAAGAUGGUGGUCAACCCCCGUUUGGUGCUGCAGACGGCCAUGUUUGAGGUGACACAGAACUAUGGGGACACUGUGAGGGUUCCGUCCGACGUGUGUAAGAUCAUGCAGGUGAAAAAGGCUCAGAGAGAGAGCUGGACCAAUGAGCAGCUGGUCCUCGACAGAAGCCUCUGGGAAUUUGGAGAUGAUCUUGUGCCCACUGUUGAUGAAGUUUUACAGAAAUUAGGAAUACAGACAUCUCCUUGGGAGUGGGAGACUUUAGUUGGUUAAAAGUUUUUCUACAUUUUGCAUUUGAUAGAGAUGAGAGAAACAGUGUACUGUUACCUGCUUCUGAUCUUCAGUCUAUGUUGUUCCACUCAACCCUGAACUUUUAUUUUUCUUUGGAUGUGUGGUCGUUUCCUGGGGGAAUUUGACUUAAUUAAUUAUGCCUAUAAUUGUUACUGCUUGUUCUAAACUUUCUUACAGUUUUUAAUGUUGACUUUAAUAUAAGAGCUCUUGUAAGAUUUAUUACGCAUGGCAAAUAAACUCAGUGCCAUGUUCAUCUACUGUUGCGCUCUAAUAUAUAUCGGCACCCUUGCACUUUACAAUGGA